AUGCAGAUCUUGGGGACGGUCUUGCGAAGUUUGGCGCGGAUGGAGACUAAACCGUACCCGCUGGACUUGGUCAAGGGGCUUGAGAAAUACUUUGACAGUCCGGAAUACUCCGACGUCACGAUACGAUGUAUCACAAGAGACUUUUACGCCCAUCGCGUCGUGCUCGCCAGCCAGUCCAAAUUCUUCGCGGACGCUUUUCCGGAUAGCGACAUCGAUCCCGCUCUGCUGCUCGAGGGGUCGACGGUUCUAGGGAAUGCGAACGCCCAACAAAAUCCCGGCUGUCAGCAAAUCAUCAAUUUGCAAGAUGAGAACCCGCGGGUUGUGGAGAAUGUUCUAUGUUUCAUGUACCACGCCGACUAUCGCGACACUCCAUGUCUCAACGUCACGCCUCCGCCUGCUGAUCCGAUCCUGUUUAACCUCCAGAUGUCCGUUGCCGCGGACAAGUUCGAAGUGUCUUGUCUGAAGCGCUGUGCGGUGGAGAAGCUGAGGGACGCUUCUGAGAAACUCUGGAACACGGAUGCCUUUGUCAAGGCCAUAGCGUACGCCUACUCGGAAUCCUCGAGGGUGGACGUCAUGGCGAGAAGUGUCUUGGCUGAGGUGGCGGCGAGACACGUGUCUGAUUUAAGUCAAAUCAUAGCCUUCAGGAAUUUGUUGGAUGAGUUCUUGCAGUUCCACGUCGACUUCACAGAGGCGGUUGUUAAGACUGAGCCAGACAUGAGUCAAGGGAUGCCGUAUGACGACAUGAAGCUGGACGUUUGGGCCGGGAAGCACGGACUGCUCAAGGCUGCCUGCGACUUUGGAGCCUUCGAAGGCACGAUGAUCAUGAGUGAAUCUGAGGAACUGCUCGACGCCAUCUGCGACCUCGACGAAUCCGAGGAAGAAAAUGCUAGACCUUCCAAAUACAAUAAAGAUGAUUCAUCCGAGAGCAGUGAGGACGAUCAGCCCGCGAGAUCGAAGAAACGAGCGGCCCAGGAGAACCUCAGUGGCGCGUCCGCCAAAAAGACUAAGACCGCGACCAAAGCUUGUCAUCGGAUCUACUACCGCAUGAGAGUUGCAGAAACAGGCACCGGAGACGUUGAUAUUGACACCAGGUCGGGAUAUCUCGACUUUUCCGGGGGCGAUCAUUCCGGAGCAGGGUAUAGCCACUUUGUCGGGUUUGCCAAUGAUUUCUGCUGCUUGUCAGGGAAGAUGGAGUUCAACGGCAAGAAGGUGGCGAAAACUCCUCAGAAAUGGCCUGAAUCAUGGGGCAAGCUGGUCUGUACUCUCGGUUAG